AUGUCUAAAAGCAAUUUGAUUCUCAUUCUUUAACUUGAGAAAUAGCUUGAACUAUAACUUAUGCGCCAUGGUAUCUAGCAUGAAGAUAGUUAAAGGUUAUUGCUUUAGUAUGGUAAGGUUGCAAGUUCUUAUGCUGAUAUAUAAUAAAGUGAACAAUAAAUUGAAAUUCUCACCAAAGUUUAUAAAAAACUACUUUCCUUAGGCGUAUCUAUAAUUUCCAAUUUGUCAAAUUAACAUUGGAAGUUAAUGAUAGUUAUUGCAAUAAAAUUGAGUAAAGCUAUGGAAAGCAAGGGUCAGCUAUAGUAAGGAUUAAAUAUUUUGAUAGAGCUUGAAAUGUUUGUUAAAUAAUGUAAUAAGAGUCUUGAUUGGGCAAACGAAGUAGAACUCUAAGAAUUGUAUUAUAUUCUUGCCAUUUUUUGGGAUAAACUCAAAAAUAAAGAAAGAAAGUAUUAUGCUGCAAACGAAUGCAUACUAUUGAUAAAGAGUUAAAUCAAAAGUAAUCACACUAAGAAGCAAAUCAAUAUGCUAAUAUAGAUGUUAGAAUUUCAAUUAUCAACAGUAAAUUCUAAUAAUCAACAACUUUCCUUAUAUACCGAGAUCCACAAGUAUUCUAAAAUUUCUCUAGGGGAUGAACAUUAAAAAACUAAGUAGACUCUCCUCAAAAUGCAAUAAAUAAAGUAAUAAAUUUUAUUCGAAGAGGAAUUGGAAGAGCACAGUAAAAUAGAAUUAAAAAAACCACUCUCCAAACAAGAUUCUACAAAACACUUAAUUACUGAUAAAAUGAGAUAGUCUCUUUAAGACAACAAUAAUUUAACAUUUAAAAAAUUAAUUAAACCUUCAUGCUCUAAACAUACUUAAAGAAGAGGUUCAUUUUAUGAGAUAAAUAGAAAUAAUUCAUAAUCGAAAUUAUCUAUUUAAAUUACUCAUCAAUCCAGAAAAAGCCUUGACGAUAUAAAAAAAUCCAAUGAUUAAACAACAAAAUCAAAAUUAAAUUCAAGAACAAUAAGCCAAGGGGAAAAUCAGUUUUACUAUUUUCUUAAUUGCAAUAACUUAGAAAGUAGAAAUAAAACUGAUACCACAUAAUUUCAAACAAUAAUUGCCAAAAAUCAAGAUAAACCUAUUUUAUCAAGUAAUAUCAAUAAAACAAUUUAAACUAUUCAAUCCCAAAAAACUCAAGAAUGUUUAGAUAAUAAAAAUGCCAAAACCAAUUAAAAUGCUAAGUUAUUAAAUUUAAUGAUCUAGAGACCAAAAUCUGGUGUUAAUUAGUAAAAUUACAUGAAGAAUUCUUAAAUUUUGAACUAAGUUAAACCUAGUAAGAGUAAAGGCUCGUCAUCAAGUAUUUAAUACAAAAAUGAUCCCUUGAAAAAGGUUCUAAAAUAGAUGAAUACUUAAGAAUUUAAUAAUACAAAAAAUAAAUAAGUGUUAGUUACUGAAUUGAGCACCAAAAAAUCUAAUUAAGUUUUAGAUGCUAUGCACUAGCUUACUUCUCAAAAAUCUAUAAAUAUUUUAGGUGAACUUAUGUAAUAGUAAAAUUAAGUUGAUUAUUUUGAAUAAAAUUUGGAUAAAAUUAUAAGAAUCUAGAAAUACUUUAAAUGGAAAAUUGAUUCAACAAGGUUAAGACUUGAUUCAAUUAAAAUAAACUAAGCUCAAUAAUACAGCAAUGAGGAAAAGAUGACAGAAAAGGUUCCAGAGACAAUAACUAAACCUUAGAUUUUUCGAAAUUUCAUUAAACGUAGUAAUACUUCAUCGGUAGAAUCCUUAAAGUUUAUUCAUAAAAAAGAAGCAUAUUUGUAACCAAAAAUAAUUUAAAAAUAAAAAGACUGUUCAUUUUAUAGUCAAACAAGCAGUAAUUUAAUGAAUAUCAAAUCAGAAAGUGAAAUAAAUUUUAAAGAAAAAACUCAAGAGCAAUAAAUUCAAUAAACACUUGAAAAUCUUUAAUUUGGAUAUGAGUAUUAAGUAUAAGGAGAUUGCAAUUUUUUCUGCACAGAUUAAUCCGAUUAAAUUUUAAGAUUUAUAGGAUUCAAGUCAAGAUUAAUAAAUAAUGAAUCCUUAGUUUUCUAUUUUACGAUUGAAAAGUCAAUUAGAUCUUAUCAGAUCUGUUUACCAAUCCAAUUUAUAUCAGACCAUUGGAAUUCUUAAAGUCAAUUCGAAGGCCUAUCAUUUUGUUAAAAUUAAUUGUCAGAAUUUAUAGAGUUAAAUCUAAUAAAAAUUCCUUUUGCUUCUUCUAUCUUGAUUUAUAUGGGUGAUAAUUUUGAUGAAACUUUGACUUCCAUAGUGUAAUUAUUAUCUAUCAUAAUGGUUAAUGUCUGUGAGAAAAAAUAAAUUAAUGGUAAGAAAUUAUUUUACACAAAUCAAAUUUAAGCAAAAUUAAACAAAAAAUUAAUAUAAUCAUAUUAUUAAAAAUAAAGAUAAGAGAAAAGGUAAUAUUAUUUUAAACCUUAAAACUUCGAAACAGAAGACUGUAGUUUGAAGAUCAAUUUGAGAGUAAGUUAAACUGAUCUAAAUUUCAAAGAUUCAGUUGAAUCAGGUUCUUAGAAGUAAGAAAGAAAAGCUUAGAAUGGUAGUAUAAUCUAUACUAUUAGAACAAAUCCUAUUAUAGAAUAGUUUUAAGAAUACAAGUCAACAACCAAAUUAUUAUUACUUGAAGAACCUGAAUCAUCAUAUUUAUAAAUGCUUGAUGUUUCUAUUAGGGAACCAGAAAUAAAUCAAUUUACAAUGAAAGCUUUGAAUAUUCCUGAAAAUUUAUUGUCUCCUUAAUAUUAGGAGAGAAGACGCUUUAAUUCUCGAUUAUUAACUCAAUCCAGAAUUUAAUUUGCUUAAAGAAAUUAAUAUACAUUAACUCCCACUGCUUCUCAAACUAAAAAAACUAACUAAUUACUCUUACCUCAAUAAAAACAAAGAAAAAUUUUGAGGCGACCUUAAACUUCUGUUUGCUUGGUUGAAGAAACUUCAUCAAGUAGAUCUCAAGAUUCUAUACUCCUUUUAAAUAAUCAGUCUAAAGAUCAUGAGUUGUAAUUUGCAUCAGUGUCUCAAAGUGCUUCAUUGAGUUUUCAACCACCUUUAACUUCUUUUCAGAGAAGGAAUAUUGCAAAUGUAUCUUCCUCUUAAUAAUAAUUGUUCAAUUCAGGUCAUAUCCUUUUAGAUACACAAAUGAAUUUAAUUGGCAAUGAAAUAUUUGAGACUGAUGAUCUAAAGAUACACGAUAUUGCUCUAGAGGAAGAAGAUGAAUUAAAUUGUAAAAUGAGAACUGUUUUCAAAAAAUGUGAUUAUUUUACUGUGUCACCUUUAUGGAAACAAGAUAGAGAUGUUAAAAUCUAAAAUUUUGAUGUUGAAUAUUUUUGGAAUUAAGUUAAAUUUGAAAAAUAGAUAUUUAAAUCUAUUUACAAUAACCCUUUUCAAUUAAAUGAAAUUCUUUUAAUUGGAAUUUUAAAAAUUGAUAAAUAAUAUUUUAUUGUAAGUGUAAGUUAAGUUUUAAAGUCGAAUAUUGAGUUAUUCAAUCAAUAAGUAUUAAAAAUGAAAGAUUUAGUAAAGAUUUAAAUUGUUUUUGAAUUAAUCUUUCCUUUCGAUAAUGUUUGGAAAGACUCUGCUACAAUAACAUUUAAAGAAUUCAUCAAAUGGUUUAUUUCAGAUUUUGAGAUAUCCUAAUAUGUUUAAUAAUUUGGAUUAAGUAAACUAUAAAAGAUUUCAGUCUUAUAAUAUUUGAGUUAAUUUGCUCAUAUUAAGGAUUCAAAAUUAAAACUUGAAUACUAUGAAGAAAGAAAAAAGGAAUUUCAAUUAAAAAAGAUUUAGAGGAGGACUUUAGAAAUACAAAGAAUGGAGGCUAUUGAAAAUAUAUUUUUAAGAGACAAAAUUGAUAUAAGCUACAUUUCAAAUUUAGGAUUACAAAACUUGUAUUAAGAAUUGCUAAAGGAUAGAGAAGCUAAAAAUUAAAAUUAAUAAAGAAGAGAUAAUAAAUAUAAGGCAUUCUUAUAAUUAACAGAUCCUAGUAAACUAGAUCCAAUUACAUAAAUUCCUAAAUUUAUAGGAUUAGAUUAUGAUGGUGAAUCUGAAGAAUAAACAAUAUAAUUGCCAAACUAUGAAGAAUUGAAAAUAUUGUAAUCAUACAAUACAAUUGUGAACAUACAUCAGAAAUAAUAAAUAUUCAGACAUAAUUCUAUCUAUUAUAUUUGGACUAAUAAAAAGUUAAAAAUUUGGAGACCAUUCCAAAGAAAAAUAUGGUAACAAAUUCAAAUAAAAAAUGAAGAAAAGUUGCUUAAUGCUAUUUAGAGUAACCUAAGAAGUUAUUUUUUAAACUAAAUGAUCUGUAAAAGCUUAAGUUUAAAUGGAAAGAAGUUAUUAUAGAAAGAAAAAUUCUUAUAAGAAAAAUAAGCGAGCAAUUUUAAUUUGCUUCAGACAUAUUUUUAACUAGAAUAAUUUACCAAUUAAUAAUUUUAUGAUUUCUUAAAUCUAUUGAAUUAUGCGUUAAUUAGUGGUGAUAAAACAUAAAAAUUUUGGGAAUCUUAAUUUUAUCAAUAUAAAUAAUUAUCUCACAGUAAGGUUGCUUUAUUAGGAGAUUGCUUCUUCGAGAUCAUAAUAUAUUUCAAUAAACCUUCAAAUGUAUUAAAAUAAAAUAAAAGAAGAUAUAUAAUGAUAAAAGUCAACCUAUUUUCUAAAGAUAAUAUGAAAACAAAUUCAUAUAAAUUAGUAUUAACACUAGAGGAUUUGCAAAAUACUCUAAAGAAAUCUUACGAUUUGAAUGACUCAAAUUUCAUCUAAACUCUAUUUAAUGAUGUUUAAUAACUUAUGAGAAGGUACGUUCGCUACGAGAGAUUUUCUAAUUCUAGGCGUCCUACAAUAUUUAUAAAAAAUAUAAAAUAGGGUAAAACUGAAAAGUUUAUUAAUGAAUUGCCUUGGAUUGCUAAUUACGAUUAUGAUAACCUUGAUUUAACUCCAUAUCCUUAAAAAUUCUAAUUUUUCCAUUAACAAAUAAAAUGUAUUAAUUUAAUAUGCACUACUAUAGAGUUCAUUAAAUUACCAUUGAAUUUUAUUAAUAGAUAUUAGGUUCAUAAAAAAUUAACUUAAAAUAAAAUCCCCAGUAUCAUAAUUAUUUAGGAAAUUUAAGAUAUGAAGACCUAUUAUAUAGAAAUUUAUCUUCCUCAAAGUUGCAGAAGAUUAAUAUGCAGAAUUCCCUUUAAUUAAAUACAUACGCUAAGUGAUAUGAGUAUGGAAAUAUUUAAAGAUUAUGGGAAUUCAAUUUCAAUAACAAAAAGAGAAAGAUUUUGGAGAAAUUUAAUCAAAAGUUUUACUUUUUCAAUAAAUUAGGAAAUGAAAUUAAUUUUAAAGAUUGAAAAUAUAUAAGUGGAAUCAAUUUUGUAAGAGGUUCUCUAAUAUGAGAUUAAAUCUAUUGAGAAAACUAAGGAGGUUAUUCUUUUUAAAACAUUUAUUGAAGAAAAAAGAAAACAAGGAUCUGAAUAUUUUAAUAUUGAGUAUCCUUUAAGACUAAAUGAAGCAAAAAAUAUUAAUAUGGUUAUACAAUUACAAUGGUUAAAUUAAUAGGAAAAAAUUUAAUAAUAUAGAUUACCUUUAUAUGAGUUGAUGAUGGGAUAUUUUGAUAAGCAAUUAUCUAAUUUAAACAUUUUUGACUAUAAAUUUAGAAUAAUUGAUUUGAUAAAAAUGAGUGAAAUCUAAGUAGAAAAUAUUAGAAUAAACUACUCUUUGGAUUUAGAAAUGAAGUAAAAUGACAAUUUCCAAUUUUUGAUGCCUCAUAGAAUUUAUUAAAAUGAAUGUCAAACAAUAAAAUUAAAUGUGAAUCUAAGAACAUUGUAAAUUAAUAAGUCCAGCUUUAAGCUUCUAUUCAGAGGAAUUUUACAAUAAAGACCAUAGAUAUUGGUUGGAAUAUAUUAGAAAUAUGAAAAAAGUAAAUUGUAUUUUUAAAUUUAACGAGUGAUUGAUGGUUAAUUGUUACUGUAUACGAUUGAAUUUGAGGAUAUAGAUAAUUAGUAUCCGGGAUUUUAGCAAAAUCUGAAGGUGAAUUAGAGAGAAGUAGGAUAAAAUAUAUUUAGAAUGUUUAAAGAAAAAUUGAUUUUAUAAUGUUAAUAUCAAUUAAAUUGA